CGUUGCUUUUGGGGAAUCACCGAAAUUUAGCAGGACGCUCGUAUUCGUUGGCGCUGAGAAAACCGGGGAAUUACCGAUUAGCUUUUGCAGGUGUUCUGUUGUUAUUUUGUGAUUUACUUGCCUUGUGCCGGAAAUAUUUGUGUUUAGUGCUUAUUUAAGUGUGUUUAAAUAAAUUAAUUAUUGUUAAUUAUAUUUUCUGUGUUUUAUGAUAAUAAAUUAUUUGUUACCUACUGUAGUGACAUUAGUGACAAAAACUGAAUGUUUAUAAUGUCUUCGAAUUCGAGUUCUUGUUCUUCGCGGGAAUCACGGGGAAGGAAAAGUUGCAAAGUAAGUUCCCUGUUUAAAAUGCUAAAAACACAGAAAAAAAACUCCUCAAGUAGAGUGUACUUUUUGUACACUUCAACUAUCAAAAAAUGGGACACGUUUGUUGGAACAUAUUAAAAAAUGCCUAAAAUGUCCAGAGGAAGUUAAAAUAAAGUAUGGAGUGACGGAGAGAAAACAACGAAACAUUGGACUAUUACAAACAAUACAUGAAAAAAGGGAGGAAAAAGUUAAAGGUAUGUACCAAAGCUCUAAAAAUAUUUCCAAAUUUCCCUCUUCUUUAUUUAGUAGAAAUUCCUAAAGAUAACCUUACUUUACAGACUUAUUUUUAAAUUUAAUAAAUUUGGGAAUUUUAUUUACAGAAAAACCGAAAUCACAAUCUAAAGAGGUGUCCGCAUUCAUGGAUAAAAUGACACCUGAACAAAAAGUAAAAGCCGAUGAACUGCUUAGCCGGGCUAUCUAUUCAAGUCAAGCACCACUGGCUUUAGUAGAAAAUAUACAGUGGCAGAAGUUGUUUAAAUUUCUCAGACCUGCUUAUCAGAUACCAACCCGACACCUUGUAUCAGGCCCACUAUUAGACAGUGAGCACCUACGUGUAAAGGCUAUGGUUUCGGAAAACAUUGCUGGAGCACAUUCUGUUGGACUAAUGGUGGAUGGAUGGUCCAAUAUUAGGAACGAGGCUGUCCUAAACUUUGUUGUAACAACUCCAAAGCCAUUCCUUUUUAAAAUUAUGCCCACAGGCACUGCACCUCAUACUACAGAAUAUAUGGCAAAAACCCUUGGUGCAGUAAUACGUGAAAUCGGUCCCCGAAAGGUAUUUGGUAUAGUCACAGACAAUGCAGCAAACAUGAAAGCUGCUUGGGCCUUGAUUGAAAAUGAUUUUGAUAAUAACAUUUUUACCUAUGGAUGCUUUGCUCAUUCUCUUAAUUUAAUAUUUACCGAUCUCAAAAAUUUAACAAGUCUGAAAUCGUUUACUGCCGAGGCUGUUGCCCUUACAAAGGCCAUCCGACAAAGCCACAUAUUAUCUGCGUGGGUAAAGGAAAAACAAAACGAAUUAAAAAUAAGUUGCAGUCUUAAACUCCCAGUGCCUACCAGAUGGGGAUCAUUAGUUCUUUGUCUACAAUAA